CUCGGCGGCCUUGCCCUUCGUCUAGUCGCCUGAUCUGCUCGGACCAGACAAACUCCACUUCUCCAUCUCUUCGUUGAAUUUUCAAAGCAUUUAAUUCAAAUCAGGAAACCUCAUACCCUUCUUCUUUGUGCCCGAACCCCAAAGCCAAAAGCCUGCCUCUUUCUCUCUCGAGAUUGUAUCUAACAGCGACGGACUUCUCAUGGAUUGUCGAUCUUUAAUCCCACUCUCUAUCUGUUUUCUUUUCCUUCUGCCUCGUCUCUCACUUUCAGCUAUCCAAUUGCGAGGAUUGCUGGGAGACAAGAAUGCGCCUGAAUCGGUGCUGAGAUUGAACGGAGGUGCUUUCUCUCCUGCUUUUGAUCCCACUCGUGUCACUCAGCUCUCAUGGCGUCCCAGGGCUUUCGUUUAUAAGGGAUUUCUGACCGAUGGAGAGUGCGACCACCUGAUCAAACUGUCUAGGGAUAAGCUGGAGAAGUCGAUGGUGGCGGAUAACGAGUCCGGUAAGAGUAUUAUGAGCGAGGUCCGAACAAGCUCUGGCAUGUUUCUUCAGAAAGCUCAGGAUGCAAUAGUUGCAGAAAUUGAGGCCAGGAUUGCUGCAUGGACAUUCCUCCCAGUAGAAAAUGGGGAGGCCAUGCAAGUACUCCACUAUGAGCAUGGUGAGAAAUAUGAACCGCAUUUUGAUUUUUUUCAUGACAAGGCUAAUCAAGAACUGGGUGGCCACCGGGUUGCCACUGUAUUGAUGUAUUUGUCUGAUAUUGAGAAGGGUGGGGAGACAAUCUUUCCCAAUUCAGAGGCAAGGAUGUCUCAACCAAAGGAUGAUGUCUGGUCUGAUUGUGCUAAAAAUGGCUAUGCAGUGAAACCCAAAAAGGGCGAUGCCUUGCUGUUCUUCAGUCUUCAUCCUGAUGCAACUACAGAUACCUACAGUUUGCAUGGCAGCUGCCCUGUUAUAGAGGGUGAGAAGUGGUCUGCAACCAAGUGGAUACACGUGAGGUCCUUCGACAAACCUGCAGGGGACACAGACAGUGGGGAUUGCGUGGAUGGAGAUGAGAACUGCCCUAUGUGGGCUAAGACUGGUGAGUGUGAAAAGAACCCUCUUUACAUGGUGGGUUCUAACGACUCUUCCGGGAAAUGUCGGAAGAGUUGCAAGGUCUGCUCAUCCUAAGUAAACCAUUUUCUAGUUUUUCCUUCAUUUAAAUCCUGUAAUUGUUGUAUAUAACAUUGAGCUCUGACUUACUGGCACAUUUAUCACAUAUUCGCAGAGCCAGACCCACUUAGCAGGCUCACAUAUAUAAAAAUGGAGUUUUCACCUGUU